AUGAUUAAGUAUUUUUUUGGAUCAAUUAAACUUUUUAGAAAACAAGGUAUUUAAGAUGCUACUAAAGCUACCACAACUAAAUUAGAUCAAAUUACAAACCCAGAAUUGACAAAAGAUGAUAUAGCCAAUUUUGAUUAAUUUUAUUCAAAUAUUGUUAAAAGUAUGGUUGUUAAAGAAAAUGGAAGAAAGAAGGUUAUCCAACAAACUUAUACACCUAAUAUUUACUAAAUAUUGGAAUAAAAAAUUGGAAAUGAUCAUUUUUAAAUUAGCGCUUUUUUAUAAUUUCGAAGAGAUCAAUUAAGAGAAGAAGAAGUUGUAUAUUGUUUAGAUGGAUUAAUUAGAGCAAAGUAAUUUAUUCAAUUGAAAAAUUCAGAUUAUUUAUAACAUAUAGAUUCAUUAAUUUCAAACAAAAAAUUGUAAUUUACAAAAAUUGAAUGUCUUGAAUAAAUAUUGAUAAUUAAUAAACAACUAUAGUUUUUAUCUAUUGAUUCUUUGAGAUUAAUAGCAAAAUAAUUAAAUGAAAUAGGUUAAUAUAUUGAAAAAGAAUAUGAAUUAACUAAAAAUGAAGAACCAUUAGAAAUGUUAGCAUAAGCAUUUAUUUUAGCUGCUUAAAUUGAAUACAAUCAUACAAUAACUUAAUCAUGGCUUAUUCAUGUAAGGAAGAUUCUUAAGAGACAUUUUAAACUAUUAAAAUUUGAUACAAUAUUGAAAUACUUCAUUACAAUAAUUAAAGUAUUUAUAAUUAUAUGAAUAUUAGUAUUAAAAUAAACUCUAAACAGAAUUGGAUUCAAUAUUAGAUAUAGAAGAAUUUUUUGGUGAAAAUUAUAAUGUAUUAACUUUGGAGAAUUACUUGAUAAUAAUUGAACAUUUGGCUCUCAUAAAGUACAAGAAAAGAAGUGAAGUUGUUAUAUAAUUUAUUAAUAACAUUAAUUCAUUCACAUUCACAAUUUAGUAAUUAGCCUAAUUAGCGAAAAGUCUAGCUAUAAUGGAGAUUAGAUUAGAUGAAUUGUGGAAGAGAAUAACUUCAGAAUUUUUAUAAGUAAUAUAAUUGGUAGAUGCUCAUUUUUAUUUAGGAGAGAUAACACUUAUAUUUUAAUCUUUAUUAAAAAUCAAUCCAUUAUCACCAUAAGAUUUAACAACAAUCUAUAAGACAAUCAAGAACAUUUCUAUUGAUGAAUCAUAUACAAUUAAAUUUUAGAUUUUAUAUAAUUUCAGCAUUAAAGGUCAUUUUAAUUUUGAUUUAUUCCAAGAUUUAUGUAACUAUGAGAAAAAUAAUUUUUAAUUUAAAUAUUUAAAUAGUUAUAAAUAAGAGAAAUUAUUUGAAGUUAUAAAAGUUAUUUUAUAUAAUUCAAUAUUUUACAAUAAAUUGGAAUGUUUGGAUGAAAAAGUUGAUAUUGCAAUAUAAAAAGCAUUAAUAAUUUUAUGUCAUAAGAUAUAUGAAAUAUUGAGUAAUCCAAAUUAUGAAUUAAAAAAUAGUUUUUAAACAUAAUAUGAAUUAUUUAUUGUAAGUUCUUUAUUUUAAAAAUAUAUUGAAAAUUCAGAUGGACUUUAAGAAACAUUGAUUAAUAAUAAAUUAGAGAAUAUAAGAUAAGAUGCAGGAAAAAAAUUAGAUAGAAAAAUAUAAAGAAAUCAGUUUCAAAUUUAGGAAGCACUUAAAUUAUUAGGAUUUAUUGAUUAUUUUAAAGUUGGAUAUAAGGAAGAAGCAUAUUAAGAGUUGGUUAGAAUGGUAUAAGUAAAAUUAAUUGAAUACGAAUCAGAUUUUGAUGAAUUGAAUAAAUUAUUACAUCAAUAUCAUAUAUAGAAUUAACAAAUAAUGUAAGAAUACACUUCAUUAAUACUUAAUAAACAAGCUGAAUUAACAAUUGAAUAAUUAUAAAAGUAUAGUCAUGUUUUGAAAAAAAGUGGGAACUAAAGUUAAGAUUUAGAAUUAAUUAUUAUAUAAAGAUCAUUAACUAAUAAUUCAUAUCUUGGUGUUGUUGGAUUGGAUAAACCAAAUUAUGAAGUCAACUUUUUAUUUAAUUGA